UGGGUGGGAAGAGCAGUCAGGGAACCAAUAUGUUCCUUCCAGGGUUGAAUACAAACCAUUCAGGAUGUCGAGCUUCCUGAGCAAAGUCAGAGAAAUUCUGCAUAAUCUUUACCUCACACACAGUUUUAAAAUCAUAACAGCCUCAAGAAAUCUGUCAAAAGUUGUAAUUCAGUCCAGGUUAUCUUUACAUUUUAUUUGUUCAAAGAGUUGUGAGUGAAACCUCAGCUCAUAUACAAAUUAUCACUGCAUCAUAUUGAAUGCCGUUGCCUAGUUAUUCAUAAUGGAGUUUUUAACAUGGUAAUAGCGGAAUAUUUCAUUUGACCAAGUGCACCCAAUUGAUCUUAAAAUAGAUACAGUAAAAUAAAAAAAAAUCUUAAUUCUAACACCUACAUUUUCUAGCUGAACAAUACAGUUACUGCUUUUGUCUAAAUAAUCACAAUCUGGUUUAAUCCUCAGAUCAAACUGGUGCCACAGUAACCACGCUGUGUUACCAAACCCUCGUGCUUCCCGCCUCAUUCCUUAUUCACACACACACACACACACACACACACGUGCACUGAUGCACCAUAUGCUUUGCACAUAUGUGUCAGAAAUGGAGGAGAAACUGAACAUGACCUAUUUAUAGUGGAACAAGGAGAGAGAGGAGGACUCUGAAGAGGAUCAGAUCUUCACCUCGCAGGGGAAUGUUACUGUAACAGGUCACGGUUUAGUUCAAGAGCAUUUGCAGGUAUGAAAACAAUGCUUUGAGCGUGAAUGCAUAAGUACACAUAAAAAGCGGUGGCAGAAAUAACAUGCAGAGUUCCAGUCUGUGUCAGUGGUCCAGAUAUGAACAACCAGAGGAAACGUAAACACUCAAAAAUUUGUUUGUCAUUCAGUUAAAAAGCAGCUCAGCUCCUCCCCAUGCUGCUGCUAACGUUAGGUCACACUGAUUCUUAACAGCUUUACACGGCUAAUUAUUGCACAGUGCUAGCAUCUGUAAGUACUACCUCACAUGACUGAUCAGUUUAUUCAUUGACUGCACAGAUGUUGCAAAUGAUUUGCAGUUCUAGAUGUCAAACGUGGUGCUUGGGCUGGGGAAAUCAGUCUAGACUUAUGACUUCGUUUUGCUGUUUAUAUUAAUUAACUGUGUUUCAGUUGCGUUCAUGCCAGAGAAAACUUUUAACACAAUAAGGCAAAGUCAUCAAAAAUUUUCCUGAAACAAUUUAUUUGGACAAAUGAAAGCUAAUUUCACUGUAUGAUGUUCUACUGAAAGGUCAUGAACAGUAAAUUAUUGCCCAGCCCUACUUGCAGCAGUGAUAAUCACACUUAAUCGUCAGUUGCAGAAGCUGUUGCUAGGAGAAAUUUGCUUUAAUAAAAUAUGUCCUAAUAUCAAAAGCUAGCAAGCUACCUGUUGUAGAAUGACGAUGUUCUCCUUUUUAAUUCUGCCUACGAAGCUCUGAUUGUUCAGAUUUGUUCCUCCACGUAGGGGAAAGAACCAGCAGGCCGCACAUCAGAGCUGUUUGAAUUCAUGAAUAAAUGGAUGUGGAACAAGGCUUGGGCUCUGGCUCUGUGUGUCGCUUUAUCGACACGUGAUGUAGGUUGUUGAUGACUUUGUCUUUCGGGGCAGUUUGUGUCAUUGUGUUGUCUGAAAACUUCCACAAAAGGACACACUGGGUUUUAAUGCAUGGCUUACAUUUAGAGAAAUUGAACUGGUAAUACAAUAUCACCCUGAACCACUUCUGUCAAUGGUAAUUUAGUCUAAUGGAGUUGGAAAUGGUGCGCAGGACGAAGCAUUUUUCAGCAGUUGGUGCAUUCGUCUCCUGAGCGCUCAUCUGGUUCGCUGACCCCUUCAGCUCUGUUGCUGUCAGAGAAGGAGGAUGAGCCUCAGGUCUGCAGACAGACAGUCAAGUCCAGAUUCAGCUGUUUUUGUUUUCUCCCCUGAAGGACUCAUGGCUGCUGUCUGUCUGCCUACCUGCCCGUCCGUCCGCCCGCCUGUCUGUCAGAGAGGCAAAGCAAUAAACCCAGCGCAAUGCCAUCUGUCCUCCGAUGACACCAACAGUAACUCGUCUUCUGUCCAGGCUUCGUGAUGAAUCACAUCCUCUUGUCUCCUCCCAAAAUACAUGCUCGAUCAGGGAAGCAGCCAACCUUUUUGCUCCUGUGAAGGAAGGGAACGUUUUAAAAUUUCGAAAGGUCAGGUGGUGCCCAGGACAUACACAUCCGGUGAUGUCAGCGACAGUUUCUAUGGCAGCCAGCUCGGACAGGAGUGGGAGUUUUAUAUUAGUGCUGGGCUGGAUUACUCACAGUGGUGGGGGUGUGUCUGUCUGGCCAGACUCAUCCUGAAUGAUGUUGUGGUGCAGCAUUUGUGAAAUACGAGCCGGGAACAGUGUCUCUGCUGCUCAACUUGUAUCAAGUCAGGCUUUAUUCUCUUUCCUCACCCCUCAAAUCUUCCCUUGAAUCUCUCUCCCUUUGUUUCUCUGGCUAAUCCUUUGGAUAACUCUACUUGCAGCUUCUUGAAUAAGAAGGAACGUUCCUCAGCCUUUCUUUUGCUCAGCAACUCGUUAGCCGAAUAAUCUAUUAAAACCAAGGCUCAAGAGGGCUGAUUUAAUUUGAGCGAUGCUUCAGGCUUGAUUUAGCACACGGAUCACUGGAGCAGGCCUCGUUGUGCUCAGGUGUGCGACUCAACACUCCCUCUACAGCUCCUGUCUUCUGCCAGAGAAUGACUCAGUGCAUCAGCGACAAAACAAAAGCGGAGACGACUGCUUAACAGGAGCAAGACAGCCAGUCAGCUUCUGCAACGUCAGCCUAGCCCGCCGGGGCAGCGGAGCUCAGUGCUGUCAUCAGAUUUGUUGAAUCAAGCCAGCAGCUCGGAUCGGAGGGACCAGACAGAGCGUGGCAGCGGCUGUGAUUUGAUGGGGACGACUUGGAGAGGUGUGGUGGCAGCGGCUUCACUUGAAAGAGCCUGAGUUAAGGCAUACAAUGUUGGUCGGGAGUCUUCUUAUGCCUGUCUGUGGAGAUACUUAGACUGUUCAUGUGUGUUAAUCAUGGAUUGGAUGCAGUGGAGCCUGAUACCAGCAGCACCAGGAAGCACCUGGCCCGCUAUGCCUCAGGACUUGAGUGAAACGCUGGCUCUGACCACGGCUCUGGGUUACAGUCUGUUAGCCUGUGAGACAUGCGUGCUGAACUGCUGCUUUGAUCCUGAAUCCGCCAAGGUUUCAGACCUGAACCCCAAUGCGAAAGCAUGGGCCAACCACAUGUUUAGCCUGGACCCCAGCGGCAGUGCUGACACCACAACUGCUGCCCUGCAGCCAUGGAAGGAAGGCUGCGAUAGUUCGGCCGACCCCGGCCCAGAAGGCUAUGAAGCCAGUGAAGACAAGGUUUACAAGGAGCCUCUGCUAACCAACCCAGAUGAACCUCCACCGGUCCCAGUAAUGCUGGCCGAGCCCACCCCCGUGGCCUCCGUCACCAUGGAGUGCUCCGAGCCGGCCUACACAGAAUACCCCGAGCCUGGGCAGCCAGCGCGCACAGGCAGUGAUCCCCAACAGGAGAAUCCCCAGGAGGGCCUGAGGGAGCACCUGAAGAAGACCUUGGAGUUCUGUCUGUCCCGGGAGAAUCUGGCCAGUGACAUGUACCUCAUCUCCCAGAUGGACAGCGACCAGUAUGUGCCAAUCGUGACGGUGGCCAACCUGGACCACGUCAAAAAACUCAGCACGGACGUAGAGCUGAUCGUGGACAUUUUACGAUCUCUGCCGUUGGUCCAAGUGGAUGAGAAGGGGGAGAAGGUGCGACCCAAUCAGAACCGCUGCAUCGUGAUCCUCAGAGAGGUUCCUGAGAGCACGCCGAUAGAGGAGGUCGAGGCUCUUUUUAAAGGGGACAACUUACCCAAGUUCAUCAACUGUGAAUUUGCCUACAAUGACAACUGGUUCAUCACCUUUGAAUCAGAAGCAGACGCACAGCAGGCAUAUCAGUAUCUGCGCGAGGAGGUGAAGACCUUCCAAGGGAAGCCUAUUAAGGCGAGGAUAAAGGCGAAGGCAAUCGCUAUCAACACAUUCAUGCCAAAGAACGGUUACCGGCCGGUGGAGGUGAACCCGUACGCCCAGCAACGCUACACGUCGUACUACAUCCCGCCGGUUUACAGCCCCCAGCAGCAGUUCCCCCUGUACAGCCUCAUCACGCCGCAGGCCUGGUCUGCCACGCACAGCUUCAUCGACCCCACGCUGGUUGCACCUUUUCACAACAACCAGUUCAUCAACGGAUUCACCGCAUCACACAGUUUCAAACCAGCGACGUCCCCCCUCACUGUCAGACACUACUCGCCCAGGAACAGGAAUCACAGUAAACCUCACUUGAGGCCAACCAUCCCCACUGGGGACCGCAGCACCGGGCUCCUGGACAACCCGGCGCUCUUUCCCAGCUUCCCCAGCGAGAGGCUUAACGGGGUCCGCAGCAGCCCGCCGACAAGACUCCCCACCAGCCAGCCCAGAACCAGGUUACCCUCCACCUCCGCCUUCCCUCGCAGAGACACUGUGGGCACGGGCCGAGUCACGGAGCCCACGACCACAGACUACUCUCUGGGUAUCGGCCGCGGAAGGAAAAAUGUUUCUGCUUCUAGGAAAAAGAGGGACGAAAAGUUUACAAGAGUGACUCCUCAGUCGCCGCCUCCUACCAAAUCUCCACCUCCGAGCUUCGAGCUGGGUCUCUCCAGCUUCCCUCCGCUGCCCGGAGCAGCCGGCCAGCUCAAGACCGACGACGUCUUCGACAACCGGCUGGCCAGCAGCGUUGUCGUCGGGACCGCGAAGGAACGGAAUGUAAGCGCUGAUUCCAGUACAGGAGGAGCACCUUCUCCAGCCGGCCCCAAAGAGCCGCUUCGGUCCUCCGCCUCCCCGAUGCCCACAAGCUUCCAGCCCUCGCCGACCACUCCGACCCCGGCCUCAGCGCCCCCCCUGACCUCAGCUGUCGGCCUGCCGCACAGUCCGGCUCCCUCCCUCUCUGCUGCGGAGGUGAAGGUGACGGAGGCGAAGCCGAAGGAGGUGCAGCCGUCUGUGGAGCGAGUUCCCGGCACUCUGUCCACUGCAAGCAAAUCGGUACAAGUCAACGGUGCCGCCACAGAGCUGAGGAAGCCCUCCUACGCUGAGAUCUGCCAGCGGGUGAAGGACACCCCGACAUUACAGCAGCCACCGACCGCCAAGGAAGCCAAGCCAGCCUGCGCUGCCCCCACAGGCGAGGAGAGGAAGUGCUCCGACGCCUCCAUCCUGUCAGGGGAGGCCAAGGCCAGAGAGACAUACCCCCCCUCCUCCAAACCCGGCUCAGCCACCUCGGGCAGACCCCUGAGGGACGCGCGGAGGCCGGCGGGGCGGUGGGGCUCCCCGCCCCCACACCCGGGGAAAACUCCCAGCAAAGAUCCCCAGCACACCCCGCCCAAGUCCCCGCAGUAGGACGACUCCCUGUGUCCUCCAGCCUCCCCCACUACGCUCCACAGAUGCGUUUAAAAGGAAAAAAAAGGACAUCUAAUCAGGGCUACUCAGUACUUCUCUCCCAGGAUCACCAGUCACAAACAAGCAUAGAGGACGCCUUCUUUUCUGGAUCAGGGCUUGCAGACAAAAAGCACUUUACUGUGCAUGUAGAGCACCGUUUCAUUCUUUUUAGUCUAUUUAUUUGCUUUUUUUUAAAAAAUUUCAGUUUUAUUUCUCCUUUUGUCGUUUUGCAUUACGUAGUUGUGUCAGCCUGUAAGUUGGCACAGACGACACUGAAAUUUAUUCUUUCUGUCCUCAAGGCCUUGUGGGGUUAAACUAGUGUUGUGUGCGAAGCAGCAGGGCAUUGUUGGAAGCUGGACGGAGCGCGUCUCAAAGUGAGGGGUUUGUUUGCAUGUUGAGUGGCACUGAUGUGCAACUUUGUGUAGCUUAAUUAUGGGUCAUAAUUAGCAGAUGUGUUUUUUAAAUUGAUUAUUCACAUCCAUAUGCAAGACUUAACAUCUAAAUCUCAUCGCGACGAGACUCGGAUCGUUGGUUUACAUCGCCUCACAGUGAAGUUUUUGUUUGCAGAUUAGCUCACAGGGUGACUCAGUGGAGUCGCGGCUGAGCGUCUCCUCGGCGCUCUCUUCCUCUGGUCGUUUCCUCUGUGAGGAGUCGCCCCCUCUGCUGUUUGCUCUUCUUUCUUACUGUUUGCUAACACUGCUAACUAGCUGGCUUUGUUGCAUAGCUUGUGUCUAACAGCCAAUGUGAGAUCAGUGUUUUUUUUCUGUGUGCGACUGCAAACAAACCAGGCAUCGAGGCGCCUGUCGUUGUUGUUGUUGUUGUUGGCCAGAACUUAUUUUGUCCUUUGAAGUGUCUGGAAGUUGGUUAACGUGUUGUGUCGCUCACAUUUAACGAGUGAGGGGAAGCUCAGUUUUCUUGGCACUGCGUUGGCUUUGGGGAAAGCUUUCCUCUUGAAACUGUGGAAUAAAACCGUCAGCAGGCACAUGACGCCACAGGACGCCACGGGCUGGAAACGUCACGUCCAGCGGCUGCUUCUCGUCUUAAGCAGCACUGGGGAGCUGAGAUCAGGAAGGGGCUACCGGUGAACCCACGUCAGGUCACUGCUGGGCCGCCAUGAGGGGGAGGAGGAGGUUUACUGUCCUGAUGAGACAGUGUGACUCUUUUAGGGGACAAAAUGCACCACGAGUUCAGAGUUCAGCGUGCAGUUUUGACAGAAUUGUUCAAAUAGCUUCUCGUUGUCUCUUGUAGAUUCGAUGCUCGAUGUGGAAUCCUGGAAUCUGUUACCACAUUGCAUCUCUUACUUUGCACUGUCACUGUGUUCUCGCACUCAGAGAGCAAAUGCUCGUCUGUCCUACCUGAAGAGAAAAAGGGAAUUAAGUGGAUGGGGGCGCCGUGGCUGAAGAUUUGACUAAAAGUUUUCCAGGAUUAAAUCUGUGUGGACACAAUCUCUGAAGCUUCAGUUGUUCUGCCUUGUGGAUGCCUGUGAACUCACCGUUUUGAAGGACGGACGUUCAGGCAGCAUCACACCACUUGCGGUUGCUAUCGUUAACUUUUAUUUUCUGCUGAAGGACUUGGUGCUCGUUUGGAUUUUGGCCUUUGGUUCUGUCAGGAAGAGUUUUCAUUGAAAGCGUGCUGGUCAGACUGAUGAAUAUGGAAAGUGAGACGGUUGAAUAGGACAGGAGUUUCUUACUGAAUCUAAAGUGAUGAAGGUGGGUGAUGAGUGGGCUUCUUUCUUUGGGAUGUGGUUUGUCACGUUGGAGUGUGAGAUGUUCGAGGCUCACACAGACGGUGUUGCAAAAUGAAGCUUGUUAACGGCAGGAGUGCGAUCACGGAGGUCUGACUCCAUCCCGUGAACGUGUUCGGCUCCUCCUUUUUCCUCGGCGUCGAGUUGACAGGUUUUUGUCGUUCGUUCGUUUGUUUCUGUCAGCAUGCUCCCUCAUUGGUUUGUUCUAGUUCAAGUUUGCACGUUUUAAUUUGACGUUUGAUUUUUUUUUUUUUUUUCCUCCCUUCAAAAACAUUGGAAAAGAUUGACCAAAGCACACUUAACUGCUUCACUCCUGACGGGUGUUGAAUUUAAAGCACAGAGCAGAACGAGAACGAGACGCUGACUCUUAGCACCCACACACGUUCGGGCUUCAUGGGACUUUGGGUGGCGGCGGCGGCGGCUGCUCGUCGAGGAGCUGAGGGAACAUUUUUCAUUCCUCCGUUUGAGUGAAGUAGACAGAAUUCAGAUGCGGGGAGGAAGCUUGCUGGUCAGAUUUAGUUCAGUUUAAGUUUCGGUUGGGAUGUCUGUCUUUCUGUAGCAGCAACUUUGGCAGACAACCAACCAAGUCUUGGAUGUUUUUACUGUGUUGGAAGUAGAAAAGAAUUACUGCUGUACGAGCGUUGAGAUGCCCCGAAAUGACAGCUGAAGGAUAAAAUUAUGACGUGUUGAAGUUUCUUGUUUUUCGUGUGUUUGUUUUUAUUUGACGCGAGUUUCCCUCCCUCGUCAGUCGUGUGCUCGGGUUAAUCUUUUAAAGUUGUCACCUCAGAUGCAAAACACCCUUGAAAGAAAACCACUGUACUAUAGUCACCAUGCGUUCGGGGGAAACACAAACCCAAACACGGGACCUCGCAUGUCUCGCCAAAGUCUUCCUGCAACAAGAAGCAUUCUGGGUAAUCCCACUGAGACAAACAUCUGAUGAAGGGAAAGCUUCGUGAAAAAGCCUGCACUCCUGCUCAUAGCAGCUUUUGAUUUGGACGCUAAAUCUUUCAGUUUGCUAAACAUAUGAUUUUUUUUUUCUUUUUUCCAAAGGACUGAGAUGCACUUGGAUGGGUCGAUUAUUUUUAUUAUUUUUUUUUUCCUCAUUGGUGGAAAAGGUGAAAUAUCCACUUAUUUAUAAACCAAUGCUGUUUAUUCCAUGAGAAAUAAGUUUUCUUUUUAGGGAGAUGAUAAAAAAUAAAGAUGCAUCGAGGUCUCUAAUGUAUACGCAAAAUGUACAAAAAAAAUUCCAUCCAGUGUUUGAGAAACUUGAAUUUUAUUUAAACUUGAAAAAUGACUUUGCCUUAACUUUUAUACAAGACAAGCAUAGAGUUUAUUUCUUUUCAAAAAACAAAAAAUCCCCGAAAUGUUAAACAAAGUGUGGAAAAUAUUCAGUCGUACCAGACGUCAUAAGUCUUACAGAGAGAAAGUACAAGUCUAGCAGCUUUUCUUUCUUUUCCCUUUUUGUUUUUGUAAACUGUACGAAAAAGAAUCAUUUUGGUUGUUUUCCUUUUGUUUUCGUUCUUUAAUAGUUUCAGGUUGUUUUUUGGGGGGGGGAUAUAUAAACCUUGUAAAUGCAAAACUAGUCAAUACUGUAUUAAAUUUGUGCACUUUGAAGUGUGUGCUUUGCUUGUACAGUUGUAAAUACUCAGAAAAAUAUAAGAGGUACCUUAAAAUGAUUAUAAAAAAUAUAUUGAUCUUGUUGAACUAUUAAUGUCGCUAUCGAGCUGGAUGUAGGAUAUAAAAAAACUUAAUGUUGUGCUUUUGGAAAUAUUUUUCUUUAACUUUUUUAAAACUUUUUAUUUGGGUGUGCGGAGUCUGAAUUGUGCUCGUCUCUGCAGGGCGGCCAGGCUGUCUGAUUGUACAUUUUGUUUUGUUUUUGUUGUCUUUCAUUCCAUUUGUCACACCUGUGCCCCCCUCACUGUGCACUAAUUGGACGGAUCCUGUGGUACUGACAAGCAUCUCAUUAACAAACCUUACAAAGCUGCGUGUCCACCAACGUCCUCUGCGAAGCUCCGGCUUCGUUUUAGCUGGAAAUGAUUUUGUGUCCAGACGUUGUCUCUGUGCUGAAAGCACAGGGGACAGGAAGCGUGAAUGCUGAAGCUGUUUAGCUGAAAGAAAAGCACUACAUGUGGGAUUUUUGCUCAUCACUCUGCCACUAAAGUCAGGGAUUUCUGACAUCUUUACAUUCUGCUGUUAUACCAAUGCAGAGAAAACCAAUAACCUAAAAGCUACAGUAACAGGCAUUAAAGAUAUUUUCCAGUAGAACUGUCACAGCUUCGGGGGGGAAGUCGCCUUGUGUAGACCACGACACUAAAACCCGACGUGUUCGCACACAAACUGCGGUAUAAUCAAACUGCAUUGUGUCCACACGAGGCGGGCAGCAUGACUAGACAAUAUCUCAUUUUAAACAUAUUCAUGAGAGCUGAAGUUCUGACAAGCGUCUGCACAAAAGGCUGGAACUUGAUUUGUGGUUUUCUGUCCGUUUGCUUUGUGCAGUUAGAGUUUGAUCCAAGGAGCAGUUGAACAUUUUGACAGAAGCGUUUUUGGGUUGAGGAUUGCGACAAGAUCAGUGACAUCAGUGCAUUUAGCUUGAGGCGGGAUGUUUUUAGCCUAGCUUGGCUUAAAGACACGACACGAAAGGGAAAGUGCUAGCCUGGUGCUGUUGAGUUUAAAAUGAAUCCACAAAUGCCGCUAAAGCUUGUUUGUUGAAAACGUACACACAAACAGAAAUGUUAAAAUGACAAGCCUUGGUUGGUUUUUUUUUUCGUUUAUGAAAGAUUCAAGAAAAAGUCAGUGGACCCGACUGUUUGCAUCACCUCAUGCUUCACAAAUAUCAGUUUACCUUGUUUACAGAUUAAAUGAGACACACAUUUGGGCUUUGGAGAAGCUGCUAAGUGCAGUUGGGAUUUCUUUGGCAAGACAGAAGCCAGGUGUUUCCACCUGUAGCCCGUCUUGUGGCUAAGCUAGGCUAAUCUUGUCCUGACUUAGCUUUGUUUUGAAUGUACACAAGUAAGAGCAGUAUGGAUUUUUAUCCAGCUGUCAGAAAGGAAAGUGGAAAAGUGUAUUCAGUGAAUGUUGAACGAUUUCUUGAGUCAAUAUGAAAUGCUAAUUCUGUUAGCAUAUAGCAGCUACAGCUCACUGGUAUACGAUAUAAAGAUGUGCAACACAUCUCCGCUUCCUCUCGCUGUGCAAAUGUGAAGCCAAAAUAUCCCUGAUUUGAGUGCUGCCACCUUGUCCUGCUGAUGUCAUUUGGAGCCAGUCUAUGCAGUAGUGAUCAGGAGGUGGAGCCAAGGUAUGGAGUUCCCGCCUAUACACACACAUCUGAGCCAAUCAGGAGCAGCGCUAAACUGUCAAUCACGACGUUUCGUCCCCGUUUCACAGCAUCAAUUAACUAAAACCAAACUGAUCAGAAAAAUGAACACUUGAUCAGACAUCAGUGUGAUAAGAGCUAAUUAAAAUGACAGAAGCCAUCUUUGGGAAAAAGAUACUUGAUGUGUACUUAAAGUUUUUAGUUUGGCUCAAGUCCCAUUAAGUUAUCAGAAAAUCAGAAACCAUCUUAUGACCCUACGUGCCAGUUUUUGAUCCUGUGAUGCAGUUCAGUCGUUAAUAAAAAGCAUCUGAGGUGAGAUACCCAUCCCCUCCUGUGAACUUUCAUUGUGUAUCUCCAGCUGAGACUCAUGGGAGAUGUAGUUGUUGAAUCCCGGUACAUUUUGAGUUUAUUUUUGUUGAAAUGGACCGUCCUCACAGAUGCACUCUGUGUGUUGGAGCUUCAAACAGGACCAGAGUUGGGCCGAGUCCAGUUUAUGCUCAUGUCUGUUUGGUACUGGGACCCUCUUUUUGUGGAUCAGCCCUUGUGUCGCUUUCAGAGUAGGUCUUCCUUUUGGAAACUUGUUAAUAAAUGUGGGCUCUGGAAUGUUUUCCACGGGUCGGUGUGUCAUCAGUGUUACGGACAGAAAACCACAGGAACUUGUUUUAGCUUUUAAUGGACCAACGAAAUGUUUUGUGGUGAAAUCCAACAAGUGAAGCAUUAAAUUGGGCAGGACUUCCUUCUUUAUUACCAAGACGUGUGGGCGCUGAGAUGUUGGUGUGAUGUAACCUUUGGUCACAAGCUGCAGCUCCUCUGGCCCUCUGAAAAGAACGAAGGCUGACGGCCCAGUUUCGUGUUCGGAGACGCUGUCCUUCGAGGCGAACUCGCUCCCUUAUCACAGUGGAGCACAGCGUGUUGAGGUGCUGAUGAAUGUUUGACCUGUGGGUUGGGAAUUUUCUCAUUUCUUAAGAAGCUCUUUGGAAACAAAGAGGUUGAGCUCAAAGUUCUCCAGCAGGGUGUCGCUGCAAGGACCCAACAAGAUCUUUGAAUCUUUGAAACCUGCUCAGCGUUUUUAGCUUCUCUCCUCCGGAGUUGUUGGUUUGUUGUUCAUGUUCUUCAGCUUUCAUGACUUCCUCUCCUGGGAAAUAAAUGUGCACAUCGUUUUCAUUUGGGCUUCGUUGGUUUUGUUUCGGGAGUUGGGGACAGAAGGCUCGACUGGAAUCGCAGCUUUGUCUCAAGUUUCAGAGGGAGUUUUCUGGCACAUAGCGUUAACUGUUUAAAGCAUUUGAUCACGUGGACUGCAUCUUGUUGUGGCAAAGCAAAGCACUAACUGUGCCAUGACACACCUGUUUUAGUCUUGACUGGGCAGUUUAACUUGUACAUAGCUGAGCGCUUGCCAUCUCAGGCUUUUAGUUUGUUGUGUUUUAGUUUAAGAUCAACGUGAUGCCACUGACUGUAGGAGCGGGUUUCCUGUAACUCGCUCACCCGGUCCCCGCCGAGUCCGAGUCGUGUCCGACCUCAGACUUUGAGGGCGUAAAACCCUGACGCUGAUUACAAACUGAGCAUCCCCGAACUGUGAAUGUGUGCAUGUGUGUGGACAAAGUAAACGUACCACCCAGAAAUCCGGACCGAAGCAGCUCUUUGCGAAGCGACUCCUGAAGGGAUCCCCCGUUUUGGCGGCAGGCGGGCCCCACGUGGUGCUCGCCUCUGCAGUGUCGCUGCAGCGUUUGGAGGAGCUUCGCUUUGUCCCGGACUUCUGCACGGAGCGUCACACCUCAUAUCAGCCUGUCGGUGGCCUCAGCUCUCAGUCGCCUCCUUCCUGUUCGCCCGUUUCAACAGUGCCAUCGUUUGGGUUUGUUUUCUCAAGGGUUGCAUCUUGACGUAACAAAUGGACCCCUUGUCUUUUGUUUUCUAUUUUAUUUUUUAUUUUCAAAGAUAAAACAACGAAUGCACACAAGUGACUGGAACAGGACUCGACUCUAUCGGCUCACUGUGGUUUGACUCGUUAACACUCUUUCCAUGCUACGCUAACAGCUGAGGACAAUCGAUGACUCCGUCACGUUGGGCUUUGGACACAUGAUUUUGUCUAACGACACCUUUAACAGAUGUGGAAUGGAGGCUGCAUUCAAGAGGGCUUCUUUUCUAGCGUUUCUUUUGAUUUAAUCUCUUUUGGUUAUUGUUUGGGUCUCUUCCUCCGUCAGGACUGGAAUCAAGCGUACAUGUCAGCUGUAGGUAAUUUAAGUUACUCUGUGUCAUGAUGUAAAACUGUCUCAUUUGGAGAAAAAAAUGUAGCUUACUGAAAAAUAAAGAUUUAGGCACUGCUGAGGA